CCACUUUUCGCACUCGACGCUAAUGCAAUGCAGAGCAGCAAAGGGACAAACACACAAGACAGACAACACCAAAGUCCAAAGAAUAGUGAUCGACGCUUGAAUCCCACAAAAGAAGAAAAGACAAACCGAAAGUAAAAACAUUCCUCCUCUGUUUGGUCCCGGUGACGUCACCCGCUGCUCCGCUUCCAGAGGACGAGGGAAACUGCAGAUAAAGUUGGACCCGCACAGCACAGAAACUGGUUGGAGCUUUAACUCCAUUUGCGUGGUGUGAAGCCUCGUAGUCGCCGAUCUGCACCCUGGUCCGGAUCCCGAAGCAGGAAUACGGCCACUGCUCUCCUCCGCGGAACCAGCCGCCAACAGACAGAGCAAUGAGGGCAAUACAACGUCUGCUGCUCCUGGCAGAGUUUGUGCUCCUUGCAAGAUGUCAGCAAAAGCCACAAGUUCAAAUCUCACCUCCACUAGAGAAGAUCUUUUUAGGGGACUUAAUUCUUCUGAGAUGUGGCGUCUCCACUGACAGUGAAGUGACAUGGUAUGUGAAUGACAUGGAACAAGCGCAGAGGAACCACACCCUGAAGAUUGAAGCUGCUGCACCCGAGCACUCAGGCAGGUAUCAAUGCCAGCAUGGCAACGGGUCAAAGAGUGACGACUAUCACAUCAACGUCCUGGGUCACGCUCCCAGUGCCGCGCUCAUCAUCAGGACCGGCCAGCCUGUGGUGCGGAGCGGAGGCUCAGUCGUCCUGCAGCUGGACUAUGACGAUGGUGUAAAGGGAUGGAAGUGCUGGGUCAACACGGGAGAGCAGACAAAGACUGUUCGACUCAGGCGGAGCGAUGAGAAGGCAGUGAGUGUGUCCUUUCAACCCAACAGACUGGAAGUGCCAGAGAGCGUUUUCUGGUGCACUAAUCAAGAACUCAGGAGCAACCAAAUCCGGGUCAGAACCUCAGAGAAGGACGUGUGGUUGGAGAUGUACCCUCUGCCCGCUGUGGUUGGAGUGAGUCUGACCCUGAAGUGCCUCGCCUGGGGCACCGAUAGAGUCACCCGCUUUGUUUUCUACAAAGACAAUUCAAUCAUUCAGGAAAGCCAGCAUCCAAUCUACCAGAUCAAUAAUGUGACAGAAUCUACUGGUGGAAGAUAUAAGUGUGAGGCCACCUACACAUACGUGCAACGCACCGCUGGGCCCCCGUACCAAGUGGUCUCUGAUGGCCAAGAUGUGUUUGUCCAAGUGUCUCCCAUGAGGGCGGUGCUGGACGUCUUUGGGGCCUCUAGCAUGUCGUGUUCUUGUCGGCUUUGUCCCGCCGAUAGCACCUAUCGCUGGUACAAGAUAGAUAAUGGCCAGGCAUGGCUGCUUAUUGGUUCCAAGCAACGGGUCAUGACUCCAGAAGAGAGUGGCUCCUACGCAUGUCGAUUCGUUUGGACCGAGGGGAGGUCCUUGCUCAGCAACGUCCACAGCUAUCAAUCCAAACCCAUUCGAAUUUGGCUUGUAAUUGGUGUGAUCGUAUUGGUGGUUGUUGGAUUAGCAGUGGUUUGCAUAUGUUUGAAGAAGAGAAAUACCACUGUCGGCAAAUAUGAGCUGGCGCAGAAAGGUCGACCCCGAAAAUGAGGCCGACCGUUCAGAAAUGUAUGUUGCAGAUGCAACAUUGUAAGGUUAAGUGCUUGAUCAAAACAAUACAAAUAUAAUAGCAAUAUUUCAUAUAAUGCACAUAGCCUGCGCCUUUGCAUUCUAACAUAAAAUGUCUGUAUAUCAUUGUGUGUGUCAAGAAGAUAUCAGAUUAAAAUGCAGUCUCGGCAGAAUCUUGUUUCUAAAAAGCUAUUUUCUUUACCGCUGAUUUCUGUGACAUUGCAAAUAACAAAUGGUAUAAUAUUGCAUAGGCUGUGCUUUUGCAUUCUAAAAUGCAGUCUCUUGAGAGGGAGUGUCCUCCUUUCCUUUUGUGUGCAGAAAUAAAUAUAUUUGAUUCCAUCCAA